AUGACAAACAACGCUCCACCCAAAACCCACGUCGCCUUCCUUCCAAGCCCCGGAAAUGGUCACAUCACUCCUCUUUUCGAGCUUGCUCUCCGACUUGUAUCUCAACACAACUUGCAGGUCACUUUUCUGGUCAUCACCACCGGCGCCACCCUYGCCCAACACAACUACUUCAAUGCCUUCAAACCACAUCCCCACCUCCAUCUCCUCCACCUUCCGCCUGCUGGUAUGUCCGCUUUCCUUUUGGAUGACAUGACCGCCGUCGCCCGCCUCUCCGUUGUAGUCCGAGAGUCCAUCCGCCCGCUUCGCUCCAUCUUAUCCGGAAUGAACCUCAAAGCUUUCAUCGUCGACAUCUUCUGCACCGACGCAAUUGAGCCAUGUAAAGAGCUAUCCGUUCCGGUUUAUUCGUUUUUCACGGCGUCWGCCGCCCUUAUGGCGCUCUCAUUGUAUCUUCCGACGAUGGAUAUGGAGGUGGAGGGUGAAUUUGUGGAUCUACCUGAACCUGUCAAGGUUCCUGGUUGUGAUCCGAUCCGUACCCAAGAUUUAYUGGACCAAAUCCGUAACAGAAAGAUCGACGAGUAUAAAUGGUACUUGUUUCAUGUCAGCAGGUUAUCCAUGGCUGCCGGAAUAUUCGUCAACAUAUGGGACGACAUAGAACCGGUCACCCUGAAAGCACUGAAACACGAAAAGUUCUUCCUUAACCUUCCUACUCCGCCGGUCUACGCCAUCGGACCACUCACCAAACAGAUUGAACCGGCUUYGGAUGGUCAGGAUAAAGAAAUAAUGGCAUGGCUUGACGAACAACCUAAAGACUCGGUUCUCUUUGUUGCACUGGGUGGUGGUGGGACGGUACCAAGUGAGCAACUCACUGAGUUGGCUUGGGGUUUAGAACUGAGUCAGCAACGGUUCAUUCUGGUGGUGCGAAAGCCGAGUGACACCUCUGAUGCUGCGUUUUUCAACGCCGGGAGUGACUCAGAUGACCCGAGGGGGUACUUGCCGGACGGGUUUCUGGAAAGGACAAAGGGAGUGGGGCUGACGGUGUGUUCAUGGGCACCGCAGGUGGCGGUACUGAACCACCCAUCCACCGGAGCAUUUGUGUCUCAUUGUGGGUGGAACUCGACGCUGGAGAGCAUUAAACAUGGUGUGCCGAUGAUUGGAUGGCCGUUGUAUGCAGAGCAGAGGAUGAAUGCGAGUAUGUUAAGCAAUGAGGUAGGRGUGGCGGUGAAGAUGGCGGUGGUGGGGGAAGGCGGAGAGACGGUGAUGGUGGGGAGAGAUGAGAUAGCGAAGGUGGUAAGGAUGGUUAUGAAGGGUGAGGAAGGUAAGAAGAUUAGGAAGAGGGCUAGAGAACUGGAAGAGAGUGGAAAGGAGACACUGAGUUGUGGUGGGUCGUCUUACGAGACACUCGCCCGAGUUGUUGAGUCAUGGAAAUCGGAGAGUUGA